CAGUAAAUUUAAGAUAGAGAAACGGGCACUUUUAGUAAGGUCCACGGACGCUUUCAGCCCUCAUUCAAUGCUUUACCGAACUCACCACCCCUCCUUUUUCUUCCAUUUGCAGGCCUUUACCUCUCCUAUCCCCCCCUCUGCAACCUCCCCUGUUUCUUUCCCAACCUAUCCUUGCGUUCAGGCUGAAACGGAAAUGGAAUGCGUGGAAGCGGCGUUGAAGCCCAGUUUCAGGAAGGAUUUGGCCGUGAAAGCGUUCCCACAAGCGGUUUUGGAAGAAGGGUGGGCCGUUAAUGGGCAAAAUGGUGCGGCUUGUGACGAUUUUUUCGUGGACGAACUCCUUGACUUGUCUAACGAAGAUGGGUUUGUGAAAGAAGAGCCGGCGGAAGAAGAAGAAGAGGAGGAGGAAGAAAAGGGCCUUGGCUCUGUUUCCGCUCAACAAGACCACGAAAACUCCAACACCGACACCAGCAUAAAAAAAAGCCUCACUUUUUCUGCCAAAGACGAGUUUGGCUCCGGACUCAGCGUUCCGGCCGAUGAUGUAGCGGACCUGGAAUGGCUGUCCCAUUUCGUCGAGGAUUCUUUCUCGGAAUUCUCUGCGCCCUACCCUACCGGAAUAUCAACCGAAAAGCCCAAGUCCACCGAAUCGCCUGAACCGGAACCAGAGCCGGAAAGACCUUAUUUCAAGACUCCGGUUCCGGCCAAGGCCAGAAGCAAGCGAACCAGAACCGGCGGCCGAGUCUGGUCUUUCGGGUCCCCUUCGCUCACCGAGUCGUCCUCGAGUUCGACCACUUCAACCUCUUCUUCGUCACCUUCGACCGCUUGGCUCAUCUGCGCCAACACGGCCCAGAAUUUGGACCCGGUCAAGCCGCCGGCGAAGAAGCAGAAGAAGAAACCGGCAGCAGAGGCCGGCUCGACCCCGUCCCAGCCCCCGCGGCGGUGCAGCCAUUGCGGCGUCCAGAAGACCCCGCAGUGGCGAACCGGUCCGCUCGGUGCUAAGACCUUGUGCAACGCUUGCGGGGUCCGGUUCAAGUCGGGCCGGCUCCUGCCAGAGUAUCGACCCGCUUGUAGCCCGACUUUCUCGAGCGAGGUGCACUCCAACCAUCACCGGAAAGUGCUGGAGAUGCGGCGCAAGAAGGAGCAGAUAGGCGGCGCGACCGAGUCCGGUUUGGCUCCUACUGUUGUGUCCAGUUUUUGAGAUUAAAAAAAAAAAGAAAAAAAAAAAAAAAAGAGGAGAAAAGUCUGGUUAGAAAACAAUGAGUUAGGGAGAACACAGAGGAUAGGACAAAUGAACCGGGGUCGAACCCGGUUCCAACGGGCCCUAGUUAGUGUACAUUUUUUCCGUGGUGGGUGAGUUAGGUUGUCUUUAGGCAUGUAACUUCUUAGGGAGACUUAAUGUGUACCUUUUUUAAUUUUUAGUGAAUUAAUUUUACCUUUUUCUGUUUAAAUUUUUAGUGAAUUAUUAAUUUAGUGUGUUUGAGAGGGAUUUGGCUCU